UGCCAGGCAGGCGCUGGCUGCAAUUAAACCACGUAAAGGCCAUUCGUGUAACCAAUUCCACUGGGAACGUUCAGCACUCCCAGCGGCCUUCAAUCGAUUGCGAAAUUGCAAUUGGAAGAGAACAACCGCUUCGAUGGUGCAAAAAUGUGAAACAGUUUGGCCAGCGACAUGGAGCUGUCCAGUGCUGGGUUUCAUGUGCUCCACAUCCUGGCACUGCUCCAGGUGCAGGUUGCUGCUUGGCCCGUCGAAGAGUCGCCGCAUCUGCCGUUGGUUAGGAAGAUUACCGAUGUGCUGCAUCGCAUUCGCGUGAACACUUGUGCCGCCCACAAUCUGAGAGUUUUCAUCAGCACGGACUAUGAGCAUCUGGACGAGAAGGAGGCGACUCUGGUGCGCUGUGUGCUGGACUACAGUCUGAGUCGUGAGGAGCUGCCCGUGGUGUUGGCCUCACAGCUCAGCCCNGCACAUGAAACCCAGCACUGGACAGCUCCAUCGCCUGCCUGGCAGACUGUGGACAAGUCCUUUCAGCUGAAUUACAAUCCAAAGCCAUUGUUGGAUCUGCUGGAGCACAGGCUGUGGCGCACCUGCAUGUACAUGGUAAAGCACGAGCUGGGCAUUCCUCCGCAAACGGAAGUUGUCCAUCGCCAGAAGCUAAGCAAUGUGGAAGCCUUGUACUAUCGUGAGGAGCACAUCAAGUGCCACAAUAAAAUUUUCGAUUUGUGCAAAUUGGAAUUUUGUGUCAGCUCCUACUAG